CAUUGGGUCCUGCUCUUUCAGUCCAGACUUCAGCUGCACAUUUCCUUCCAGCUUGGCUUUCUCUGUGGUGGAGUCAGUGUAGACUGUGAAGUCAGUUACACCUCUUGGUGCCAAUGUGUCUCCCAUCCUUAUCUCCUAAGGAAGAUGAGCCACUUCUUGUAUGCAGCGUUACAUUUUCUCCUGGGCUUCUUCAUCCCCUCAGCCAACCUGCUGGUAAUUGUGGUUGUCUACAAACUAAUGAAGAAGAAGCAGGGCAGAAGCUACAUCUUCAUCCUUAACCUGGCUGCUGCAGACCUGCUGGUGGGAGUGAUGUGUAUUGCAGAGGCACUGGAUGAUAUCCUGGAUGGAGACUUUGACAAGAAUUUAUCCUUUUGUCUCUUGCGGACCUGCAUGAGCAUGACACCUUGCAUUGGCUCCAUUCUCACCUUGCUCUUGAUUUCCCUGGAUAGAUACUUGGCAGUGAAGCUUCCCCUUUAUUAUCCUACCCUCUUGAACAAAAAACCCAUCAUCUUCUCUCUUGCCAUUCUGUGGGCCGUCUCCAUUUUGUUUGGGCACAUGCCUUUGAUUUCUCCCUCCCUGCAGCAAAGCAACUACACGGGCUACUGUGGGCUCCUGUAUGCAGCCAAGAGUGACUACCUGUAUGUGACCUGCUUUGGGAUCUUCAUCCCUUCCUUGUUGGUCAUGAUCUGCCUGCACAUCUCAGUCGGGAGGAUUGCCUACUCACAGCACAAGCGAAUCUGGCGCACCUGCCUGCAAACAGAACCCCUCACCGCUCACCUCCGCCACUUCAAGGCACUGCGGACAGUACUUAUAAUGAUUGUCGGCUUCACCAUCUGCUGGGGACCUUAUUACCUGGCAGGCUUUGUGCAAGCUACUUGUGACUCCUGCAACCUAGCUGACCCGAUAACGGAUGUCUUAUUCCUGCUGGGAGAAAUGAACUCCCUCAUCAACCCCCUCAUCUAUGCUCUGUACUGCAAAGAUAUAAGAAGCCAGCUGCCCAAACUGAUGUGCAAGAAGAAAGGCCAAGUAAAGCCUCUGGCUGUGGUUCACUUUAAUAUCCAAGCCCUUGAUGGUUUAUCCAAUGGGGAGGCUAAGAGACCCGAUUUAUCUGAGGUUCAAGUCCCCAAUACUAGUUUCUUCAACAGUUCUAGUCACUGCAAAAUCGUCUUCUCAGUGUCAUGA